CGCAGCCAGGCCCCGCCCCGCGGCGCCGCGCACGCCGGUCCCGGCCUCUCCCGCGCGCAGAGCCAGGGCGGGCGGGUGGACUCCGGCCCGGAACCGAGCCGCGAAGCCCUCCCGCCCCCUCGGCGCCGGGUUCCGGGGGCGCCAUGGAACCCCGAGCGGUUGCAGAUGCCGUGGAGACGGGAGAGGAGGACAUGAUCGUGGAGGCUCUGCGCGCGUACAACCGGGAGAACUCCCAGAGCUUCACGUUUGAUGCUGCCCAACAGGAGGACAGGAAGAGACUGGCGGAGCUGCUGGUUUCGUUCCUGGAGCAGGGUUUGCCGCCCUCCCGCCGCGUCACCUGGCUGCAGAGCAUCCGCAUCCUGUCCAGGGACCGCGGCUGCCUGGACCCCUUCACCAGCCGCCAGAGCCUGCAGGCCCUUGCUUGCUAUGCCGGCAUCUCUGCUGCCAGGGGGUCAGUCCCUGAGCCCCUGGACAUGGACGUGGUACUCGAGUCCCUCAAGUGCCUAUGCAAUGUCGUGCUCAGCAGCCCCAGGGCACAGGCGCUGGCUGCGGAGGCCCGCCUGGUGGUGAGGCUGGCAGAGCGCGUGGGGCUGCACUACCAGGGCAGCUUCCCGCACGAGGUCCAGCUCUUCGACUUGCGCCUGCUGUUCCUGCUUACGGCGCUUCGCACGGACGUGCGCCAGCAGCUGUUCCAGGAGCUGCAGGGCGUGCACCUGCUGACUGGCGCGCUGCAGCAGACGCUGGCAGUGGCCCCAGGACAGAGCCCCCUGGAGCUCCUCCCAUCCCAGGAGACCGAGCGGGCCAUGGAGAUCCUCAAGGUUCUCUUCAACAUCACUUUCGACUCCGUCAAGAGGGAGGUGGACGAGGAAGAUGCUGCCCUUUACCGGCGCCUGGGGACCCUCCUGCGGCACUGUGUGAUGGUCACCGCUGCUGGAGACCGCACGGAGGAGUUCCAUGGCCACACAGUGAACCUCCUGGGGAACUUGCCCCUCAAGUGUCUGGACGUGCUCCUGAGCCUGGAGCCGCACAAGGGCUCCGUGCAGUUCCUGGGAGUGAACAUGGAUGCGGUCAGCGCCCUCCUCAGCUUCCUGGAGAAGCGUCUGCACCAGACGCACAGGCUGAAGGAGAGCGUGGCCCCGGUGCUGAGCGUGCUGACCGAGUGUGCCCGCAUGCACCGCCCCGCCAGGAAAUUCCUGAAGGCCCAGGUGCUGCCUCCGCUGAGGGACGUGAAGACCCGGCCCGAGGUGGGGGAGCAGCUGCGCAACAAGCUCGUCCGCCUCAUGACGCACCUGGACACGGACGUGAAGAGGGUGGCGGCCGAGUUCCUGUUCGUCCUGUGCUCCGAGAGCGUGCCGCGCUUCAUCAAGUACACGGGCUACGGGAACGCGGCCGGCCUGCUGGCUGCCCGGGGCCUCCUGGCGGGGGGCCGGCCCGAGGGCCAGUACUCGGAGGACGAGGACACAGACACUGAGGAGUACAAGGAGGCCAAGGCCAGCAGCAUAAACCCGGUGACCGGGAGGGUGGAGGAGAAGCUGCCCAACCCCAUGGAGGGCAUGACGGAGGAGCAGAAGGAGCACGAGGCCAUGAAGCUGGUGAACAUGUUCGACAAGCUCUCCAGGCACCGAGUCAUCCAGCCCCUGGGGGUGAGUCCCCGGGGCCACCUCACCUCCCUGCAGGACGCCGUGUGCGAGAGCAUGGAGGGCCAGCUCUCCUCGGACCCCGACUCAGACCCCGACUGAAGACGGCCGCCCUGCGCCCCGUCCGAACCGGUGCUGCUUCCAGAGAUGUCCUCGGGGUCCCCUUCCCCUUGCUCCCCAAGUUCUGUCCCUAACCCGCCUCCAGGACCGGGAAGGGGUCGUGCCGUCGGCACGCUGGAAGCCCACCUGAUUGCCUCCCGGCAAGUGCUUUCUCCCGUGAGCUGGAGGCCGGGCCGCUUGCUGGCCGAGGGCCAGGGACCGGCAGGGGCUGCACCGCCGAGGGGGAGACCCUGCUGGGACCCAGGUGCCGACGGAAGGCGCACUGGCCGGGGUGCGCCGUCUGCCCACCGGGCACGGCUCCCCGGCUUCGUCUGCCUUCCUGGUCCUGGCUCAGCCGCCUGCUGCGCUGUCCCCAGCCCUGAGGCCCCCCCACCCCCCCCCCGCCCCCAGCCCCUCGGUCUUCCCCGCUGGCGUGGGCCGUAAAUACAGAAGGAAAACACUGCAGGUCAGGCCGCAUCUGCGUUUCUGCCGUGUGCCCCAGAGCACCGCAGAGGCAUUGCCCUGUGAGCGUCUCGGGAGAACGGGCGUGUGAGAGAAGGUGUGUGUCGGACGCACAGCGGGGCGCCCUCAGUGCGAGCACUGGGCUGGCCAGAGUCCGCGCAGUGCUGCCGUGCGUGACCCCGGCAGUGCUUGGUGGUCGUGACCCGUUGUUAGAGCGCACCAGAAAACAACUCGCCAAAAUGGGCGGAAUUCCGUGCAGCCGCUUUAACAUGAAGACGAAGACAACA